AAUGUUAAAUUCUUUUCUGUUAGGUUACUUUUAUUUGUAUGCCACUAAUUACAAAAAAUAGAUCUGCAAUUUGCAAAACAGUUCAAGAAUAUUAUCAAUGUAAAAUGCAAAUAGGUAAACAUUUAAUGCAUUAAUUUAUAAAAAUGAGAUUAGAUUUUAAAGAACAGUUUCAUUUAUUAUUUGAGAAUAAGAGAGAGAUUUUCUAAUUAAUAAUGAAUCAGAAUUAUGAAACAAAAUAAUCAUACAGAAAUGAGUACACAAUGCACCAAUUAAGUAAUGAGGCUGAUGAUACUAUAAAAAAUAAAUAAUGCUAAUAGCAAAAUAAAGUUAUAUAUUUUCUAAAUCAUCAUUUCUAAUAUCUAUAUAACAUAUCUUUUAUAAAAGUUUUGAAAACACUUCUGGAACUCUUCUUUUAAUACUGUUUUUAGCUAGCUGGUCAUUGGAGCCUGGAUGCCAUCUGUAAUCACAUAUUGCAUUUCUUUCAUGGCUCUUUUGAUUUCAGGGAAUAGAAAAUAAUUUUCAGGAGCCAAAUCUGCAGUGUAGUUCAAUGACUUUCAACUUACGACAGAAAUGUAUGAGUAUAUUGUCAUACAAUAACAGUUUUUAUAGUCAAAAUUUAAUUUUUUUCUUGAUGAAUCCGAUCCCAUAACCUCUUCAACACUUCAUCUUAGAACUUUUUCAUCACUAUUGUUUUUGAGGCAUAAAUUCUCAAUGGCUAAUGCCUGUUAUAUCAAAGAUGAUCAUUAUCAUGGCUUUUCACUUGAUGUUUUUAACAAGUUUUUUUUUUUUUGAUGGGAGAGGAUGGCAAAUACCAGUUUGAGCUCUGAUGUUUGUUGGGCUGCAAUUUUCAAGUUGUCCUAUAAAUUCUCAUUGGCAUCCAUCCACUUGUCUGCCCUUCCUUAAUCCCAAGAACAGAGUAAGAUAGAGGAAAGUUGAGACCAGAUAUGGAAAGCCCUUUACGAAAAUGAAAAAACUAUUGAAAUACGCUUGUUUAAGAUAAACAUUCAUCAUCAUAAAUUUUUUUCAAAUUGGAAAGAAUUUUCAUUGUAAUUUUCCCAUAUAUAAACUCAAAACCUGAUAUUAUUAAUAAGGUGACCAACUUUUUUAUAAUGAAAAGGAGGACACAAAUAAAUUGAAGGAAAAAAUAUUGUAAAUAAAAGAAACAUUUUAUUCAUUGCAACAGUAAUACACUAUAAUAAUCUCUACUCCAUGCAUAUGUGCCGUGUUGUGUUUCAAUAAGAUGUAAACAAAGCUACUUGUGUGUGGUGUGCUGUCUCAAGGUCUUCCUUGUGGAGCGCAUGUUGUCUCAUAAUUGCAUCUCGCCACACUAUCCCGAGCCAUGAUGAAUUGUCAUGUCACAUAAGAUCACAUGCAAUGGAUUGGCUCGGCAUCGAUCAAAUACAUAGAUUUACAGAUUAGUCUUCAAGUAUCGAAAAGGAGGUCACUUUUUGAGGGAGGACAGAACUUACGAAAGAAGGACUGUCCUCCCUAAAGGAGGAUGAUUGGUCACCUUAUUAUUAAUCAAAGCCAAACAAUCGUAAUAAUGAAACAGGUUCAUUAUUAUUGCCUGAUUCAUUAAGGUGAUCAUUUGGCUUUUACUUUUCUCAAUUUUCAAUAAAAUUUGACAACUGUUCUUUGCUCCGUUUUCAAUUUUCUGAUGACAUGCAUAAAACUAUUAUUACUCUUUCCAUCAUAAAUCAUGACCAAAUUUUAUCAGACAAGUUUCAAUUUGCACUUGUUGUAACAAGCAUACACUAAUAAAUCUAACCAUGUAUAUUAUUUUGGCCUCUUAUAUUAAUACUAAAUGUAGAGUGCAUUCAGUAUCAUCAUUUAAUUGGCACACUGUAAAUACAAAAAGGCUGUUAAUCAAGCUAUCCAACAAUUAUUUGCUGUUAUUCUUGAACAAUGUUGCAAAGUGUGAUCAAUUUUUCUAUUAUAAAAAUAUUUACUGAUCAGUUAUCUGCAAACACAUUGUUAUAAUAUAUUUUAAUUAGUAAAUUAAUUAAUAUUGUUAUUUUUGUCUUAUCAUUUUUUUAUUCUGCAUGUUUGAAGAUGACAUUAUCAGGAAAAUGUCAGAUAGUCUUGAACAUCAAGACACCUGAUGAGAUUAAAGAAGAAUCAUGGACUGCAGUAACUCUCAUCAAGGAAUUGAACACACCAGAGUCAUCAAUAAUGUGGUGUGCGGAAAGGCGUCUGUUGACAAAUGAACGCCACUGCACCUCGUGCAGCAAGUCGCUUUGUUUGACGGCAAAUAAGAGUGUCAUUGACAAAUAUCAGUGGCGUUGUAAGAAGUGUUCUGUUGUAGAAUCCAUUCGUAAAAAAUCUGUCUUUCAAAAUUGUCAUUUAACUAUUUUACAAAUUAUAAUAAUUAUGUAUUUUUGGUCAAGAGAGUAUCCGUCCAGAAUAGCUGCAGUGGAAGUUGAAGUGAGUAAAAAAGUGGCCAUAGAUUGGUAUAAUUUCUUUAGAGAUAUCUGCAAAAAUUACUUUGAUUCCCAUCCAGUUCAGUUAGGAGGUUUGGAUGAUAAUGGGUUUCCAAAGGUAGUAGAAGUGGAUGAGACAUUUAUUUUCCAUAAGAAUCAUAAUUGUGAACAAACUAAAAAUGAUAGAAAAUGCGUAUUUGGAGGCAUCGAACGUGAUUCGCGAAAGUGUUUCCUAGUGGAAGUACCAAACCGGAAAGCUCAAACACUUUUUCCAAUUAUAGAACAAUAUGUAUUGCCUGGAAGCAGGAUUAUAUCGGAUGACUGUUCUGCAUAUGCCAAAAUUGGCCAAAUAAAUGAUGGGAUAUAUCAGCACGAUAGCGUCCACGAACGAGAUUUUGUGGAUGGCAUAGAUCCAGAAAUCCACACUCAACACAUUAAAAAUAUGUGGUCAAGAGCAAAACAAAAAUUAAAACAUCAAUAUUAUAAAAAUACCAAAUUAUUUCAACCUUAUUUAUUAGAAUUUCAAUGGCGAUGUUUGUUUAAAACUCAUGCUUUUGAAAACUUUUUAAUGUGUGUUUCAAAUAAAUAUCCAUGUUAAUUUUUUAAUUGUCUUUUUUUAUGAUGGAAUUUGUACAUCUUAUAUGUGUUCAAUAUUGAUCAUCUGAUUUAUCCCAGUCAAGAUUCUCCUAAAUUAAUAGCUAAUUAGAUUUCAGUUUGCAUCAACAUUAUUUGAUGAUUCUCCAUUUACUUUUAAGUAAUGAACAUAACAAUGACUAUAGAGUAAGUAAAAGUUUAUAUUAUAUUUAAUAUUCAUAAAUCAUAUUUAUAUAUUUUGAAUAAUUGUUGUUUUUAACAUUUCAUUGGCAAUUACAUAAAAUAUUAUUUAGAAAGCUGAUUUGGUUGCCAAACAAAAUGUUUACUGGUUCUAACAUAUACAUUAGCUUUUUUGAAGUAAACAAACAGCAAUUGAUGGCAAAAGUAGAUCAUUUACUACAAAUUAUGGCCAUUUUUCAUCUACAUUAAAAACAUUAUGUAGAUCAAAUGUUACUAUUUUAUUUUAUACCAGGGCUGUGGAGUCGGAGUCGUGGGGUUUUGGUGUUUUAGCCGGAGACGGAGUCGGUAGAUUUUUACGCGACUCCACAGCCCUGUUUUAUACAAGUAGAAAGGAAUACGUUUCUAUUAGAAGAAAAAUUAAGCAAUUUAAAGUUAGAAAUUAAAAUAAUAUACUAAAUUAAUAUCUCAAGGUACACGCUAGCCUUAUAUUUCUCCCAGCAGGAUGGAAAAAAUUAACAUAAAUGUGAGAAAACUAAGACAAAACAAACUCAUUUGGUCUACUACUAAGACCUGAAGCAGGUCUUAGAAGACCAAAUAAAUAAUUGAUUUUAAUAAUUAUAUAAUAUAAAUUUAGGAUUUUUAAUUUUUCCAUCCUGUAAGGUUAGUGUGUUUGUUAUUUUAAUUAACUGCCUGGUUGCUAUAAGAUUAGAACUUUAAAAUUUAAUAUUGUUUUGUCUUUUGGGCAUUAGGAGGGCCUUUUAAUACGCACAUCAUGGAUUUGGCUGGGUCUACAAUGAGACAGCUGCAUGAUUAGAAAUAAAGUCAGACUACCCAUGAAAAUUCCAUAGGAUCUAACUCAGACUCAAAUCUUGGUCCUUCAGAGUGGCAGUUACAUAUCUGAACCACUUCAAUCACAUUCAUUAAAUUUAAUUCAGCUUUGAUAUAUAAAUCCAUGAUUCUUAACCUGUUCAUGUCUUAAUGAAUUCUCUUGUUACAUUUCAAGUAAAAUGACACCAAGCAUGAUCCCAGCUGUAUUAAAUCUUGUUGUAUAAACAUCUGCCAAGAUUCUACAUUAACUGAUUUUAUUGAUCAAAAUGUAUAGCAGUAAAUUUUAACAGUACAGAAUAGUUAAUAUACAAUUGAUUGAAAGAAAUAGCAUUUUCUUCUGCCUCUGUAUUAAAUCAAAAUCAUUCUGUUAUGAGCAUGCUUUCUAACAUGCAUUCAUUUAAAUAGAAUAAGCCUUAAAAAAUAUCAAGUGUGUGACAGAUCUAUUUUUGAUUUUAUUUCCGUAUUAGACAUACUAUUUUUAUCCUUUACUUUAAAUUAUUUUUCUUCCCCUUAAAGGGAUCAUAGUCUCAAUUGAAUGGCAGUGAUUUUUAUAAGGAAGAGAAGAGACAAUAUGAAAUAUGCAUUUCCUAUAUCUGUGAAUAAAGUUUAAUGUAAGUUUGCUAAUCAAGUUGUCCAGUAAGAAUCUACAGAGUUGCUGCUACUGUUGUCAAACUGAUAUGAAUUAAUACAUCCGGUCCAAUGAUACUUGCUUGGAUGAGUAAAAUAUUUUCUUUUUUUAUAUAAUUUUGAGUAUUUAUUCAACAAUGGAAGUUUUCUGAAAAAUAAGAAAUAUAUUUGUGAAUAAAUAUUUAU